AUGCAAUAUCUAUCCAAAACUCGUAGAAUCGCUCGGGCUUUGAAACCAUUUCCUCUCUUAGAGGCUGAUGUGAGAUUUGUUUCCCAUGCUUCUCAUGCUCUCGACUCUACCUCAUCGCCCAACAAUCGAUCUCCUCCCGCUUCUGUAUUUCCAGGGAUGGUUACUUGUAGUCAAUUGUACAAUCAAUCAGCUACGGUGGGGUCAAUGAUGUUGAGAUCAAACUUUUCCUCUGAAGCAAAGCAUGUUGAAAAUCCUACAGGUUUGCUAAAUUUCUCUGUGAUGCUUUCCUUUGGAAAUGGCUCUUGA